AUGCCUUCUCCUCUUAUUUUUCCAAGGAAUAUCUACAAGACAACAGGGUUUGAAGUUUUCUUUCUUUUAAUGGAUUGCUUUCACCGUACCUUAGGAGCUCCAUCUGUCCCAACAUGUUUAUAUUCACACUUCUAUCUAUCUAUCUAUCUAUCUAUCUAUCUAUCUUCUUUUCCACAUUUUUAUUCACAUUCAGUUAAAAUCUAUCUAUCUAUCUAUCUAUCUAUCUAUCUAUCUAUCUAUCUAUCUAUCUAUCUAUCUAUCUAUCUAUCUACGUUUGAUCUCAUCUACCAAUCUGUGUGUCUGUCUCAGUCUGUUCAUCUAUCUAUCUAUCUAUCUAUCUAUCUAUCUAUCUAUCUAUCUAUCUAUCUAUCUAUCUCAAUGCAUUUAUCUAUUCAUAUCUAUCUAUAUCAGCACAUUCAGUUAAUAUCCUUCUAUCUAUCUAUCUAUCUAUCUAUCUAUCUAUCUAUCUAUCUAUCUAUCUAUCUAUCUAUCUAUCUAUCUAUUUGUUCAUGUCUACCUAAUGCUUCGUCUGUCUGUAUUCAUAUCUAUCUAUAUCAGUGCAUUCAGUUAAUAUCUAUCUAUCUAUCUAUCUAUCUUUCUAUCUAUCUAUCUAUCAUAAAUUCAGACAUAAACUAUUUAUGUCAUCAAAUUAAUUAUCUCCCUCCUUCUCUCUCUUUCUCUAUCUCUCUCUAUAUCUAUCUAUCUCAGUCCCUUCAUAUCUAUCUAUCUAUCUAUAUAUCUAUCUAUCUAUCUAUCUAUCUAUCUAAAUUCAUUACCUCUCUCUCUAUCAAUCUGUUUUAUACACAUUAUGACCUACUAUCUUUCAUGAAGGAAGUGAGUCUAUUCUCCAAUUAUAACAUAAUAUAA